CGGAGGGGUAAACCUGCACAGCCUUUCUGCGCAUGAGCAUCAGGUUCAGUGUUCCGUUUUCUCCUCUACUUCUCCUGACUAUUAGGCUUCCGUCUCCACGACCCAUCAUUUUGUCAAUCAAAACCCGUGCGAUUCGGAUUCUUAUCACGGGGCAUCUGACUGCUGGCGAUGGAGGCUGCAAUCGGAGUCAUCGGACUCUCAUUGCAGCUUAUCGAUUCAGCCGUGAAGGUGAAGCGGGCCAUCAAUAACUACCGGUCUGCCUCGACAGAAAUCCAUCGGUUAGCAAUCAAAAUCGAACGAGUAGAGGCAGUAUGCGGUGCUAUCAAGAAAAGCCUCGAGGGUGGGCCUUCGACACGGCGAUGCUCCGAUCUCAUCGAAACCUGGGGUGUUUGUGUGCUGAGGAGCGUCCAGUCGACGCUUGCAGAGCUUCACGACAUAAUCGCCAAGCUUGAAAAGAAGGCAGCGAAGAAGAGAGUAGUGAAUGCUGCGGGUAUGGCCUUCUUGCUGGAGAAGGACGACAUAACGCGCCUGAGCAAGUGUCUUGACGAAGACCUGAAUCAUUUACAACAUAUGAUGAUGACCGAAAUGUUCUCUCAAUGCAAUAUCGUCCAACAGUUGGUCUUUGACCAGUCCACCGCACAGGUUGCAUCUUCAAUAGAAGGCCUGGCAACUUCUUUGACUUGCCCCGAGUCUUGCACCACUGUAUCAUCUGCCGAGCCAAGCGUAACAAAAACCGUCACUACAAGCAACCGAAAGAUCAUUAGCGCAUACGGUUUCCACGGCCAAGCACAGAGCGUCAGAAUCAUCAGAAAAUCUCGUUGGCAAAACAACAGGGAGACGACGACGUCAAAAGAGGUUAAGACGUAUGCUUUCGGUCUCAGUGGCAUUUCCUACAGAGUGGAGUUCCACUGGCAUCUCAGCAUGGCGAGCCCAGUGGUAUAUGCCAUGAACAUUCGACACGUCAUCUCGAGAACAACAGAUCCAAGGCUUUUAAAUGACAUAAAGGAUGCCAUGUGUGAUGGCAAUUUACAAGCGUUGCAGGGUAUGCUUUCCGCUGGAAGGCUUACACUGAGUUCUCUGUGCGGAAAAAGGACUCUGUUCGAGAUGGCAGUCAUUGCCAACCAGCCUGACGUUUGCCGUUUCCUUGCUCAACAGAACAGCAGGCUAUGCACAGAUGAGCAGCUUUGUAGACCCGAUGAUGAUCCCGGAUAUUCGGUGUACCUUUUGGAGCCUUUGGAGAUUCGCCGUCGUGUCUUUGAGAUUGAUGACAUAGUCCAAUUCAACCAGGCAUCCCAGGUCUCAAGGUUUCGACUCUUGGCCUUUCAAUUGAGAGACAUUCGGUCUUUAAUCGAAUUGUACCAUCGAUUUGACAAACCGGCUCUAGACCCCACUGAGAAAAAAGACUUUGUCAACGCCGCUUGGGACGCCGUUGUAUAUUGUUUGACAUUCACGUACGGUGAUAUAGAUAAUAUUCUUCAGUUUCCAGAUGAUGAAAGUAUAGGGCUUUCAAUAGGACUUUUUGUUGAGUUGAUUGACGAGGGUGUUGACGUACAUAGACUUGUCAGUUUUGACUUUCAUCUUUCCGAAACGAAAGAGGGCCGGUACACCGCACUGUACAAGAUCCUCACCGCCUACGAUUGCCACCGAAAUGUCGAGUUGAAUUUAUCAUGCUGGUUAAGGAUGCUCCAGGCGAGCCGAAUCGGCAUGUAUGGGUAUAUAGAGCGCGAAACUGCUUUCUGUCGGUCUCUUUGGGGUAUUCGUCCAUGGGGAUGGAGAGGACCAUUGAGUACGAAAGUGAUUGAAGGUUUCGAAAUCCCCUUCUGGCACCGAUUCGUCGAUCCGCUCGGCAAAGCCUACGAAGUCAGACACGAGUUCAGAAACUGGGGUCGUCUUGACCCAAAUAUGAGACUCUUAUGGUAUGGAGCCCAUGGAUUCCUGGAAAAGCUGAUAACGGAAGACCAUCAGCUGCACAUUACAAUGAAGGGACGCGAGAUGGCUCUGGCAGUACAGGAUGAUUGGCCAUUUGAGUAUUCUUUUGUCCAGAUUCCUAACCUGACUUACCUGAAUCAAUUACAAGAUUUCGGGCUUUCGGCAAAGGACCAACGAAACAUUGAGAGGUCAUAUUUAUACGCCAGGGAACUCAUAAAGAGCAGGUUUGAGAGAAGGCAGAUGAGGAAACUCUACAAGUCUGGCUGCCUGAAGAGAGAGAAACAUAUACUAAGAGUACCGGGAGCUUGGCCGAGCUUGGAAUAGUAGGCUUGGGUCAGACGGCCAUACACAUGAACGAACAUACAUCGAGAUCUUCCAUAUACUCUUCAAUGCAGCAGGACGUUGGACAAUAGCGUUACCGGAAUACAAGGCGACUGCAGCUGAAUGGCACACUAUAAUUCGUCAAACUUGUCAACACGAUUUCAGCUCAACAACAAUGGUUGAUAUCAGCAACGCAGUUUUUUCUUUUUGUUGGGCGCGCCAGGAUGCUUUAGAAAUUUUAGCAACAAGUGGCGGGUUGGAACGCCAGUCCGACGGGGGAAAGGUGACACAGCCUCCAAUGAGCAGCAACACAA